AAGGGGCAGUCGGGAGAAGGGGGUGGGAAUUAGGGCUGGAGAACAGCUGUGGGAGAUUGAGCCAGAGGCGGGGUGGGGGAGCCUGGCAGAGUCAGGCGGCCUGUGCCUGAGUUGUACCCAACUAGCGGGGGCGGCAUGAAGGGGCUGUCCCCAUGGCAGCCUGGGGGCUCCGCUGACUGCCACGCCGCUCCCGAGCUCCGAGGGAAGGCCGGGGGAGGCGCGCCGCAGAGAUAUCGGCGUCCCCGGGUCAGAGGAAAGGGGCGGCGGCGGAGGGUGAUCGCUGAGCCGCUACUGCGGCUCGAGCCCGUGGGACAAGCCGCUGCUCCGGGGCUCCAGAGCACGCUUGCACGGACCAAGCGGCCAGCAGACUGACGGAAAGACACCUUGCCUAGGCUUUGGGACGGAUCGUCCAGGCUUUGUCCUUGCCAUAGCUGCUGCUUUUCCUUCAGCACUGGCUUAGCCUUACGCCCCGGGGCCCGGGGCUGUAUCGGUCCUGCACAGGGUUAAUGCCACCGAGUCGCACCUCCGCGGAGUCCUAGAGCGGCAGCGGCGCCAGCCCAGCUAGGAGCUGGCCGCUCGCGGACACUUCCUGUACGGGAGGGGGGGGGGGGGAGGGGGCUGGGCAGCCGCAGCCCAGCUAGGGGCUGGGGAGCCGGGCCACCGACACCUUGGUCCCGGGAAAGGUGUCUAGGGGCCGAAAGGCCGCUUCUCCUCGGGUUCAGACAGCCUAGAUUCUAAACGCAGACUGGGGUCUUAGGAAGAAAGUGGGAAAGAGUGAGCUGGAGAGAGGAGGGGGGCAGGGAGGGGGGCGGGGCUCUGGGAGGGAGAGCUGGAGGCCUGGGGUCAAGACAUCUGGAUUCUAGGAAGGGGAGCAGGGCCCCAGAGGCGCGCGCACGCUCCCGCGCGCACCCGGUCUGCGGGGAGCCCGCUGCUCAGGUGACUCCUCCUGGACCGCGGGGGCACCCGAGCCCUUGCCUACAGGGAGCUCUGACUUGAAGGGCUAGAGAGGGAAAUUACUCUCGUUCUUCUCCAGAGGCUUACCUCAGCUCCUGAUUCCUAAAAUGGAGCAAGAGGCCCGGCCGUGGGGCCUAGAUCCCCGGCGUCCUGAGGAGAUGGAGAGCCAGAAAGGCCCCCUACCAGGCGGCGAGUGUGACAGGCGGAAGAGUCCGAGUGAGAAAGAGGAGGAGAUUUCUCAACACGAAGACUCGGAGAAUGGGGAUGUGGAAGAGAUUCCCUUUGGAGUGGAGCCUCAGAGUCCAGGUUUUGAUGAAAUUCCUGAGAUGCCCCUGAGCCCUGAGGAGAAGGAUCCUCUUGAUCUCUCCUUGGAGGAUGAGCCCCUGGAUUCCUACACUGAGGGCUAUGAGGAGCCGCCCCCCAAGGACCUGUCAAUGGGGACCACCUUUGAGAUGCCCUCAGGGACCCUGCUGGCGGACCCUCGCUUUGAGAUCCUUCAGGAGAAUCCACUCAACCUCACCCAGGCCAUCCGCAGCCAGUCUCGGCGGGGCGGGGGCCCUCGAGGGCAAGGGAGGCAGCCCCCUCGCCCCAACAUCUGUGGUAUCUGCGGGAAGAGCUUUGGUCGCGGCUCCACCCUGAUCCAACACCAGCGUAUCCAUACGGGAGAGAAACCUUAUAAGUGCGAAGUGUGUGGCAAAGCCUUCUCCCAGAGCUCGGAUCUCAUCAAGCAUCAGCGCACGCACACAGGCGAACGGCCGUAUAAGUGCCCCCGAUGUGGCAAGGCCUUUGCUGACAGCUCCUACCUGCUCCGCCACCAGCGGACCCACACGGGCCAGAAGCCCUAUAAGUGCCCGUACUGCGGCAAGGCCUUUGGCGACAGCUCCUACCUCCUGCGCCACCAGCGCACCCAUAGCCAUGAGCGACCCUACAGUUGCCCAGAUUGUGGCAAGUGCUACAGCCAGAACUCAUCCCUUCGCAGCCACCAGCGGGUGCACACAGGGCAGAGGCCCUACAGCUGUGGCAUAUGUGGCAAGUCCUUCUCACAGCGCUCGGCCCUCACCCCCCACGCCCGAAGCCACACCCGAGAGAAGCCCUUCAAGUGCCCUGAGUGUGGGAAACGGUUUGGCCAGAGCUCUGUGCUUGCCAUUCAUGCCCGCACCCACCUACCUGGCCGUACCUACAGCUGCCCCGACUGUGGGAAAACCUUUAAUCGAUCAUCCACCCUGAUUCAGCACCAGCGCUCCCAUACGGGUGAACGGCCCUAUAAAUGUGCUAUUUGUGGAAAGGGCUUUUGCCGCUCCUCUACCCUUCUGCAGCAUCACCGUGUCCAUAGUGGUGAACGGCCCUACAAGUGUGACGACUGUGGCAAAGCCUUCUCGCAGAGCUCCGACCUCAUUCGCCACCAACGGACGCAUGCAGCUGGGCGGCGCUGACCAUGGAACCCCAGGGAGCAGGAAGAGGGUCGUAUUGGGAGGGGGUAGGGAUAAGCAGCCUAGAGAUACAGGUAGAGUGGGGGGGGAGGGGAAAGGGAAAAGGGUUAGGGUCAGUUAUUUGGUUUCAGAAAUGGAAAUUGAACACGAAACCUCCCUUAGAAGCUGGGGUUAAAAAGUCUCUGUGCUACAGGAGAGGAAUCUAGGAAAGAAUUGAGCAUUCUGCCUUUUUCUGGGAAAAUAUUCCUGAAAAAGUUUUAAAAUAAGGGGCAGGAGCCAAUAGCCAAGUGCAGGCCUUCCCUGUGCCCUCUGAAAGUCUUUGGGAGAAACAGGAGAAAAUAGGCAGAGAGCUUACUGCCUACACACCAGUGCCAUCUGCUGGACUCCCAGAGAUGGUGAAUUGCUAGAUGUAGGGGAAUAGCUCGCUAGGUGAUUAGAUAGAGUGGGAAUUAGCUUAGUUGGGGGGCUCCCGAGGAGUCAGGGAGAGGGUGGGACUGAGGAUCAGGGUGGGGAUUCAGGUAUACCUGGAUUGGGCCUGGCCCCAGCAUUCAGUCUGGGAUCUCCUCUGCCCCAUCCUGCUGCAUCAUCACUGAUUCAAUAAAAACCUCAAUA